AGGGAGCUCGCCUGCGUGAGUCACAAGGUCCAGGCGUCUGUGCUAUACUUCCCUCUGUGGGCCAGGGCGUACCUCACCUCCCCUUUCUCUCAUUCCCAACUCUCUUCAGUUCUCUCCGCGCUGUCCUGUGCUCUGCUUUCCCCUUUCAUCUCCCGGCCCUUUCCAUUACGGUGGAUUCAUGAUCAGCUCUCGCCCUCCUCGGUCGCCAUGCAGAACAACCACAAUAAGGAGCAUCUUUAUAAGAUUCUUGUGAUAGGGGACCUCGGGGUCGGCAAGACCAGCAUCAUCAAGCGGUAUGUCCAUCACAACUUCAGCCCCAACUACCGAGCUACCAUUGGGGUGGACUUCGCACUCAAAGUCCUCAACUGGGACCAGGAAACGGUGCGCCUACAGCUGUGGGACAUUGCAGGUCAGGAGAGGUUUGGCAACAUGACCCGUGUGUACUACCGCGAGGCAGUAGGUGCCUUCAUUGUGUUUGACGUCACAAGGCCCGCCUCCUUUGAGGCCGUCACCAAAUGGAAAGAGGACUUGGAUUCCAAACUGUCACUUGCCAAUGGGAAACAUGUAGCCACUGUGCUUUUGGCUAAUAAGUGUGACCAGGGCCAGGACGUACUGACCAAUAAUGGAAUAAAGAUGGAGCAGUUCUGCCAGGACAACGGCUUUGUGGGAUGGUUUGAGACGUCUGCUAAGGAAAACAUCAACAUCGAUGAAGCAGCUAACUGUUUGGUUAAACACAUCAUUGCCAGUGAGAAUGACAUGCUCCAAUCAGAAGUCCCAGACACCAUCACCCCCCAGUUAGAGAAGGACAAAGGCGGGACAUGCUCCUCCUGCUUUAGAUCCCAGUAAUAGUCCCUGACAGUUGGAUCAUCUUUUGUAUCUCAUUACACACAAAGUCAAGUUUGUCUGUGAGCAGGAGACAGAGGGAGAACUACUUUGGCUGUUUUUUUAGGAACCAUGUAUAGAUGCCAACAAUUUUCCUGUCCGGUAGCUUGGGUGGGGUGAGUGGAUGACAGACAGGCAGCUGGCUCAAGAAAUGGAGACAGAAAGAGAGAACGAGAGAUGGCUGCAGCUGUGUGUGCUUGUCAAAGACAAGGUCACCCUCUGGGUGACUUCAAGCCUUGACACUGCCACUUCAGUUACCAUGGAGACACAGUUAAUGAACACAUGGACAGAAAGAUUGCAGCAAAUCUUUCUGUCCCUGAGUUUAUUUCUGUAUAAAGGUCCAUGGAGGGGAUCUCUAUUUAAUAACCACAUUAGGUGUUUCUUUUUUCCCUCCUUCUUUUGCCCACUUUUUCUUUGGUCUCUGCUUGUUUCUUUCUCCUCACUCAAUUUAUUUUUAGUUUUUCACAUGCCAUUCUGGGCUAAUAAGCAGACAAAAAAGCACAUUUAUGUAUAGUUUUCUUCUAGAUAACCAAAGCAAUUCAAUCUCAGUCCUGAUAACACUACAGCUACAUUAUUAGCUAUAUGGUUUCUUUAAAUCUGGUUUCAUUUAUUUUACUUUGUCAUUGUCUUUUCUUGACUUCCGUCAUGGACAUCUGGCGGCUGCAAUAAUGUUUAUCAGUUCAUAUUGAUGUAAUUAAAGUGACUUUUCUAACACAAAUUAUUUUAUUCAAUGUCUUCAAUAGAAAUAUUCACUAUAUAUUUAUAUUUACAUAUAGUGCACUUAAAGGUAUGGCCUUACUUUUCAUCACUGAGGUGGAAUUGGACUAAUUUCCAUGGCAACAUAUUCAAAAGACUAUGACAAUAUUGUUUCCAUUUUAAUUCAAUGGUUUUAUAUAUUACAUUUAUAUUCCACUGUUCAAUAUUUGUAAUAUUUGUAAUUAUGGGAUAAAUGCAUAUAUAUAUAUAACAUGUACAUAUUAUAUACAAUAUAAUGAGACAGAUUAUAGAACCAAAGAUGUAUCCAGUUCUCAACAUGUUCAUAUGAAUAAACCAUAGCUUUACUGA